AUGGUUGAUGACGAGGAUGCUAUGCUAUCACAGAUUAUUGCUGCACUGAAUGAGUUGCAUACGACGACCGAUCAAAAGCGAUGUCGAGAAUUGGACGAUGCGCUGACUACGCUAAAGAAAUCCGAAAAUGGAUUCAUGAUAUCAUUUCGUUUGCUUGAUUUCGAGCAACCAACUGUUGUGCAACAUUUUGGAGCAUGCAUUUUUUAUGAUACAAUACGCGAACGUUGGGAGGAAUGCCUGUCAAAUGAAGCUUUGAUAGUGAAAAUUAAAGAAACACUUUUGGAAAAGCUGGCACUCGGUGCUCCCUUUCUAAAUCAGUCUGUCACUAAUAAGCUCACUUCAUCAUUAGCUAUUUUCAUUCUGUAUUGUAUGCCUGAUAUUUGGUCGGAACCAAUUCAAGAUUUAACCACAAUGUGGAACGAUAAACCAGAAGUUUUGGCUGAAUUGGCAGCAGAAUUUUACCGCAUACGAUUACCAUUAUCACAGCGAUCCAUUCUGAAAUCAUGUUUGCAUCAGAAGGCUGAGGAUAUUAUAAAGAUCAUCAACAUGAUUUUGUGUGAUAAAGACUCAUCUCCAUCUUUGAGGAAUGCCGCUGUUGAAUGUCUUGAACAGUGGCUUCGAUUACCUAGCGUUGAACUAAUGCGGUGGCAGCCUGCACUUUUGCCUUUUUUAGGCAACCUAAGUGAUAGGGUUGCACUGGCUCGUGUUUUGAUUGUUGUUUCCGCACAUUCCGACUUGCCAUACAUGGAAAAUUUAGCGAUGGAUCUGGCUACAUUUUUAGCGAAUAUCACGUGCCCGGCAGUUGUAGAACAGCUUGACAUUUUGAGCAAACGAUAUAAGGAGAAAAGCUAUAUGAAUCGAGAGGAUUUUAUCUCCGAACUUGAAGAAUACGGAUUUCUGGUAUCAGCAUUAGCUGAGUUUUUUGAAACUACAAUGCGAUCACUACUAAUCGGUUGUGUGGAGAAGCGGAAUGGCGAAGUACUGAGACUCCUCUGUACUUUUUUUGAGAAAAUUUCGCUUUGGCCCGGUUUUUACCCUUACGACGAAGUCAUAUCAGAUGCUUCGGAAACAUUCUGGAAUACUCUAAAGCAGGAUUUGCUUUCUUUGCCUGGAUCACGUGUUAGUGAAACUGUACGAGAUGAA